UGGCCGACGCUGACAAAAAAGUCAAGUCGUCGGGAUCUCUUUUGGGAGGGAUGUUUGGAGGGGGACAUCACAAAGUGGAAGAGGCAUGUGACAUGUACUGCAGAUCAGCCAACAUGUUCAAGAUGGCCAAGAACUGGAGUGCUGCUGGAAGUGCGUUUUGCAAGGCUGCACGUCUCCAUAUGCAGCUGCAGAACAAACACGACUGUGCCACCAGUUUCAUCGAUGCAGGAAAUGCUUACAAGAAGUCCGAUCCUAAUGGGAAGAUUCACCAUUGCAGCCAAACACCACAUCAGUAUUGCAGAGAUCUAUGAGGCUGAGAUGGUGGAUAUCGAAAAGGCUGUUGCACAUUAUGAACAAGCAGCAGACUACUACAAAGGAGAAGAAUCAAACAGUUCUGCCAACAAGUGUCUGCUGAAGGUGGGGGCUUACUGUGCUCAGCUAGAGCAGUACCAGAAGGCGAUUGAGAUCUACGAGCAGGUUGGAGCCAACACAAUGGACAACCCACUGCUGAAAUACAGCGCCAAAGAGUAUUUCUUCAAAGCCUCUCUCUGUCAUUUCAUUGUCGACGAGCUUAAUGCCAAGAUUGCUGUUGAAAAAUAUGAGGAGAUGUUCCCGGCUUUUUCAGACUCUCGAGAAUGCAAGCUGUUGAAGAAACUACUUGAUGCUCAUGAGGAACAGAACAGUGAGGCUUUCACAGAGGCAGUAAAGGAGUUUGACUCAAUCUCCCGUCUGGACCAGUGGCACACAACCCUCCUGCUGCGCAUCAAAAAGACCAUCCAGGGUGAUGAAGGGGAUCUGAAAUGAAAGAAACACAGGGUAGAAAUACAGCAUGGAGGGACAAAUCCAUCACACAUGCAUUCAUACACCCAGACCUGCACACAAACACACAGUAUUUCACUCACCUCACUGUGUAAUGGCAUUUGGAGAGGGGCGUCCCCUGAUGAUUUUGAAUAUUCCACUGCUCACUGCUAUACUGUUCGAGUACUAUCUUAGCUUUCGUUACGAGCGUAUCUGAAUCUAGUCAGAAUGUAAAAUCCUCUCGCCCUCACCUCUGCCUAGAGGAUUGCUGCAUACCUUUUAUGCUGGAAUCUGUCCUGGGGGAUUUCAGAGCGGGUAUUAAUGUAUUGAAACUGAUGUUAGUAUUGACAAGAAGCACUGCAUGUUUUGUACAAUUAUUGUUUCUUAGUCAGAUGCAGCUUGACAUUUUUUUUAACCUAGUUGAUUAUGUUUUUAAACACAUUAAGUGUUUCAGUUUGCUGUAUAAAGACUAUCAUGGUGUGUGUGGAUUUUAAGACUAUACCAUAAUCUUAAUUUUUAUUAGAGUAGAUGUUAAGUAUCAAAUCAAUUUCAUGGGUUGUUCUUAUUAUAACCACAAUAAAAUGAUUUUGGUUUCCAUUGUGUCACAAGAGGGAAAGACUCUUCUUGAUGAAGGGCGAUGAUAUGCACCAAGUGUAGACUGUUAAAAAUUUGUAUCUAAUCACAGCUUCUGAUUUAUUUAUUUUUCCAUAAAUAUUUGUGAUUUUAUUACUUAAGGAUUAUUUAUUAUUAUUACUUCAGGAUUUGUUGGUGUGAUAAUACCUUGUAUGUUUGAAUGUGUAAGCUGUGAUUUAUAGUUGACCUGUGAAAAAAUGAAUUUCUGAAUGAGAAACACUGACAAGGAAAACCUUAUUCCUUAUCCCCAGGGCAGUUAUCUUGGGGAAAUGUGUAUCAUUAGCCACUCAUCUCGUGCUGUGUCGUGUUGUGAACUCAACUAUCAUGGAAGGUGUACUAAUGCAGUGCAUCUUCCAAAUGGCCAGUCGCUAAGCAUGUCAUUGUGUAUAGUUAAGUGUUGUGUUACAUUCACUAGUGUGAGCCAGACCAAAGUUUUUACUAAAGGGUCAUUCACCCUGUGUAUCCAGCUUCUUCCAGGUGGAAUGACAAUGGACCUUGGAUAUGAUCUGUAUGCCUGUGCGAAUGGACAAUAAUAAAGAUAUUCUAUCCCA